CUCAAUGGUUAUAAUUGUGCAGAUGUUUUCUCUGAGCUGGUCAUCGUGUGGAAACAUGCUUGCCACAGUGUGUAAGGAUUCUGUGCUGAGAGUAUAUCAACCUCGCAGCUCCACCAGUCCUGUAGCAGAGGGCAAAGGUCCCGUGGGAUCCCGAGGUGCUAGGGUCACUUGGGCCCUUGAUUCUUCCUUCAUUGUUGUCACAGGAUUUGACAAGGUUUCAGAGAGGCAGAUCAUGGUAUACAAGAGAGAAGACCUGAGCACUCCCCUGGCUACUGUAGGCCUUGAUGUGUCUCCUGCCAUCCUGAUCCCUUACUAUGAUGAGGACAGCUCAACUCUCUUCCUUACUGGCAAGGGUGACUCUACAAUCUAUGCAUUUGAAGUGUGCUGUGAGCCUCCAUUUCUCUGUCCACUGAGCCACCACCGCUGCUCCUCGCUCCACCAGGGCUUAUCCUUCCUACCCAAGAGAUCAUGCGAUGUCUCCAUCGUGGAAUUUGCCAAGGCUCUCAGGCUUACCAACACCACUAUUGAACCUCUCUCUUUCACUGUCCCCAGGAUAAAGAGUGACCUGUUCCAAGACGACCUGUUUCCACCAACUAAAGUGACGUGGGAACCCACAAUGACGGCGGCCCAGUGGUUCAGUGGAGCCAACUGUCAAGCUAGACGAAUCAGCCUAAAACCUGAGGGCAUGGAUAACUUGUCAGAAGCACAGGGUGCGGCAAGUGUGUCUCCCAGCAGCAAGGAGCCAACAAAGCAGACCCAAUCACAACCACAACCAUUCAACCGGCUGGCGUGGACUCCUGAUCUUGUAGCUUCAACUAAGCAGAAGCAGGAACAGAUCCAGAAGUCUGUCAGUAGCAAGGUGGAGGUGAACAUGAAGCUGGAGCAAGACCAAAUGGAGGGAGUGGAUGAAAGAGAAUGGGAUGAGUGAAUCAGCACUAGGAUCAGAAAGCCUACAAAAGACAUUUGCAACGAAAUCUUUCACUAGCUGAGUCAUCAACUUCAGUUGGCUUGUACUUGGUUUGUUAAUAGUCUUGUUUUGCUUUUAGUUAUGAAACCUGUUACCUUUCGUUUCUAUCUGCAGCAUUCCGUAGUGCCAUAGCCCGAUGAUAUUAGUGCUUGCUGAUAUUUUAUUUUAUGGUACCUGAAAUUAGUUGUCCUUGAAAUUGAACAUUCCUGCAAUGUUUGUUGUAUGAAUUCUCUUACAGUUUUCAUCUGUUUGGUCCAUUUGAUGAUCAUACUGCAUUUAUUGAUUAGGACAAUACUUUAAAAGUAUUAUUAUAAUAUUGUUGCUCAGUUUUUGACAAAUAAUUUGGCGACAGAAUCUUUUUUCUAUCAAGUACAAAUUUAUAAAAUGACGAUUUAAAUUAUUUGUACAUUUGCUUUUCGAUUGGAAAUCUUUUGUACAACCCUAUGUUAGAAAGUUAUAGAUAAUUUUUUUGUAAAUUAGCCAACGUAAGAAGAUAGUAAAUUUAUCUUAUAAAUAUACAUUGUAUUAAUUGAUGUACAUAUUCACUGUGUAUUCAAGUAUGCAAAGAAAUAUAAAUAUGUAAUAUC